AUGGAUUCUGAAACUCCCUACACAUCACUAGCACCACCUGUGUUUGAUGGUGAUAAUUAUCAUAUAUGGGCAGCAAGAAUGGAGGCACACCUAGAGGCAAAUGAUCUCUGGGAAGCUGUUGAGGAGGACUACGAAGUUCUUCCAUUACCCGCCAAUCCAACUAUGGCUCAGAUCAAAAAUCACAAGGAGAGGAAAACAAGGAAGUCAAAGGCCAGAGCUACCUUAUUUGCUGCAGUCUCACAAGACAUUUUCACCAGAAUCAUGACAAUCAAAUCAGCAUUUGAAGUCUGGAAUUUCCUCAAAGAUGAAUAUGAAGGAGAUGAACAGAUCAAGGGAAUGCAAGUAUUGAAUCUGGUUAGAGAAUUUGAGAUGCAAAAAAUGAAGGAGUCUGAAACAAUUAAAGAGUAUGCUAACAAGCUUCUUAGCAUUGCAAACAAGGUGAGAUUGCUAGGUGUUGAAUUUUCUGAUUCAAGAAUUGUUCAGAAAAUACUGGUGACAGUCCCAGAAAAAUUUGAAGCCUCUCUGACUUCACUGGAAAAUACUAAGGAUCUGUCAAAGAUCACCUUGGCAGAACUUGUAAGUGCAAUGCAAGCCCAAGAGCAAAAUGAGGGAUGA